AUCAGCCAAGAUGCCGCGGUGCUAUAUGGUAAAGAAGGCCUUGUGCAACAAGUACAUAACCAGCGUUGCCAGAGGAUUCGAGAGCUGGGGCCGCGGAAGGAGCACGCCAUCGCCAACCACCAUACCCAUCUCGCCCGUACAGAAGUCCAUUGCACCCCCUGUUGCACAAGAAUGUUCCAACACGCAAUCAAAAGACACAACGGCCGUUAUGACUUCCGCCGUGGCCGAUGCAGACCCCUCGAAAGAACAACCGAGCAACGCAGACACAACUGUCGCAACAGCGGUACCAUCAUCCGUCAUCAUGAUGAAUCCCGCGAUGGACCACUCGAUGACGAUGCGAAUGGAAACCGUCGUGAUCGCGUGUACCACAACGGCGUCUUUGACGACUCUAUCUCCAACAGAAACAAUCGUCUCAACCGUCAAGGAAACUACAACGACGACGGUGACGUCUUUACCUCCGUCGAGCGUGCGAACGACUCCCGAGAGACGCGACGAAGCUACGACGUCUAUCGCGACGCUACACCAUCCACCAUCUACCGAAAAACCGUCUCCGCCGUCCAACACGUCAACGUCCUAUCAUCUGCAAGAUACUCCGGAGCACUCGAGAACACACGAUAGGAUACAAUCGGUUAUCACGUCCUGUGACAUGUCCAUGUCCGGUCAAGUGUCAUCCAUGUUUAAAGAUCGCUCCGCGGCGGAAACGGAGGCGGCGCACGAUCUCCUGGAACUCUCCCGAUCUCUACCUCCCUUGCCACCACCGAGUGUGGCGAUCGGUCCUCAAAGCGUGAUCGAGGCGCCGGCGAGCGACGUCCAAGAGAUGACGGUCUACCAACCGGCUGAGCAACCAAUCUAUCAAGUGAACACGAUCGAGCUGACCAGCUCAAACAUCUACAGCCAUCAUCAGCAACAGCCACAGCCCACAGCCACCGGUAUCAUUUAUGAGUCCGCCAUCGUGCCACCCUCAGGCAGUGUUUUCAUACCUUUAGCACCAGUACAAGAGAUCCUGCUGACAUAUAGCACAUCCACCAUACCGUGCACACCAAUUAUCGCUCAACAGCCCAGCGACAUUGAGAAUAGUAAUCCGAACUCACAACCGACGCAGAAGGACAAGGAGGUGCAGACAAACACGGAGCCCAAUGAGAUAAAACCAGCGACUUACACAUAUGACACGUUGCUUGUUUCGGAUGGCAGAUCGAAGCAUAAGAAAGCAUCCGCCGCACAGAAGAGCCAGGACGCCGAACCAAUCGAGGCUCCCGAGACCUCCAAAACUGGUCGUUACGUGUGUUGCGAAUGCGGCAAACAGUAUGCGACCUCGUCGAAUCUGUCCCGGCACAAGCAGACGCAUCGCAGCAUCGACUCUCAUUCGGCCAAAAAGUGCAUCCAUUGUGGCAAGGCGUACGUCAGCAUGCCCGCUCUGGCGAUGCACGUGCUCACGCAUAAGCUGACGCACAGUUGUGGCGUCUGCGGCAAGAUGUUCUCGCGACCUUGGCUACUGCAGGGUCACUUGCGCAGCCACACCGGCGAGAAACCAUACGGAUGCGCUCACUGCGGUAAAGCGUUCGCCGAUCGCUCGAAUCUAAGGGCGCAUAUGCAGACGCAUUCGGCGGAUAAGAAUUACGAAUGCUCCAAGUGCCACAAGUCAUUUGCCCUUAAGUCGUACUUGAACAAACACCUGGAGUCGGCGUGCCAGCGCGAGAGCGACGACCCGGACACGCCGCCAUAAGCAGCCAGGACCAGGAUGCCGAUGUAGUAGCGCCGCGGUUAGCGGCAACGAUCAACCGGUCGUGCACAGUCGACGUAAACAGAAGAUUGCAGUGGCGUCAUCACGUAGACUGAUAGAAAAAAAAACAAAAAUAGUUUGCUGUGUAGACAGUACUUUUUGUCAUGGACCAAGAGGGGAAAAAAAGGAUGGAAGACAAACGAACGCACGGGAAGCCGCUGCUGGCCUCUCAUCGCCAUGCGGAUGCGAUUAGUUUCGAUUAUUUUACACGAAUUCAAGUCGGUCGGGUUUAUUGUUGUGCUCGAUUGCGGCAGCAAGCAAGUCCUCACGUUCCCUUUGUCUUCGCUACGAUGCCUGU